AUGCUCCUCCGUCCUUCAACUGCCAUAUUCUUGUGCCUGGCAUGGUUCCAUUCCAUGGUCAUGGCGGCGCAUAACGGAGCCAUACCACUGACUCUUCCUUGGAGGACAACCUUCGGUCGUCCGUCAAACUUCGACUACCAUUGGUCCUUUGAUACCAGCGCUGUUCCUGAGGGCCCAUUUUCCACCACCAGGCGUCUCCAGAACGGAGUUGAUAUCCAGGUUUUUGCCGCCAACCUAGACGCUAACCAGAAUCAACGUGUGAUUCACAUUCACAUGGAAGCUACCGCUGGAUCUCACCAGGAGGUAGUCUGGCAACUUUAUCAAGGUGGACGCGUCGUCACUCGCUAUAAUUCAGCUGGCCAACAAUCCACCAACGAUAUCUCUACCUCGACAUCUACUGGAGACUUUGCCAUGAUCCCAUAUCAAGCUGGUUUGACAAUCACGAUUUAUUGGCGCUUGGACCAAGAGCUCAAGUGA